AUGGACAAAGUUAAGAAACUUGAGGAAGAGUCUCGCAUUAAAAUCCUUCGGGAAGAAGUGCGUGUGCAAAACAUGAACAAGCUAAUCACCCUCCAGGGCGACCAUCCCUUAAUAAAUGUGUUUAAAAAAACGUACCAGAACCCUUCGGAUAAGGACUUCGAAAGAGCAGAUGAAUACGAUAGUGAAGCAGACCAGGCUGAGAAGGCCCUCUUCAUGAAGAUAAGCAGCAGGAUAAAUUUUGAUAACCACCAAAUCGACCAGUUUGAUCAGACCUCUCCCAUGUUUUACAAUUCAACUAGGUCUAAGUCAAAAUAAAAUGUCUGAGGGAGGUAUGACAACUAGGGAUUUCGGAGCAAACACUAGGAAGCCACGCCUAGGUAGCACUCUCAGUAACUUCAGGACACUCAAGAGUCGUAGCAGUCGGAAAUAUAGCGGCAGUCUGAUGAGCAAGAAUGAAAAUCAGAGAAUGCCGUCCAUAAGGCUUCAGACACCUCUAGUUUCGAUCAAGUCUAAUGUAGUUUACACUUCACCAAGAGAAGCAUUCAAGAUGCUCAAUUCAAAUAAGAUUAUCAAGAAUGAAUUCAAUAAGGUUGUUGAAGGGAUCCGGACUGAGAAGUUCAUGGAGUUAGCCAAAACGACCUCUGCUCCUAAUUUACGAAACAAAUUUGAGAACAACACUCCUAAACGAAUUCAGACGCUAAAGGACCUGAAAAUGAUCGGUACUGCUAGAAGGAGUUACAGGAAGCAACCUAAGAUAAGAAUUAGCCAACUUCCUGCAUAUGAAGGUAAAAGAAAGACUGUAAAAAUGGAUCCUAAGGCUUUGAGAGCAGGAAUUGCUAGGUUUAUCCUCAGAAGUGUCAAGAGAUCCCUUCCUAAUUCUAUCCCUGACAAUCCUUUUACCAAGAUUAUUCAGAUGCCUCAGAUGAUGGGGUUUGAUAAUAGAACAAUGAGCAGUCAGUUCUCUGGGAAAGCUCCACUGUUCUACUGGAAAAUCAAAAAUAUUUCCUCUUGGUCUCCCAACAGUCGAGAGCAAGCAGCUUGUGUCUUUUGAGAGGAGUGAAUAGUUCUUAUUGGAGGUCUUAAUUCUCGCAUGCUACAAGAUGUAAAUGUCUUCAAUGUCCAAAAAGGGAAAUGGUUUCCUCUCAAAUUUAACAGAACUGAUGCACAACCUGAGCCGAGAUAUGGCCAUACAGCUGUAGUCUAUGGCUCAAAUAUCUAUGUUUAUGGUGGAUACAGACGCUAUGUUGAAAGUUUUAAGAUCAGGGAAACCUAUGGUGACAUCUACAGUUUCAAUACCAGCUAUUUGAAAUGGGAAAAACUCAACUGAAAUGGAGAAAUAACGUUCAGAAGAAACCACAUCUGUGAAGUAGUAGGUAACUAUAUGCUUGUCCACGGUGGCCUCAACCAUAAAUCUGAAGUGAUUGGAGACAUUCAUGCGUUUAACUUCAAAACUCAGUUUUGGCAGAAAAUAAAAAUGAAGAAGAACGGACCAGAUGCUGUGUCUCACCACAGGAGUUGUAUCGUGAUGCACCCUUAUAUGUUAAACAAGAACAAUCUUGAUUUAUUCAAGAGCCAUAUUCCUAUCAAAAAGUUGGAAAACCCUACUAUCAAAGAGAUGGGGAUUUAUGUGUUUGGAGGAACUACUUUAUCUAAUGAUUUAUGGAUCCUUAAAAUAGGGAUUCCAAAACCAUAUUGGAUAAAACCUAAAGUCCUUGGGAAAGCCCCUCCUCCUAGGUACGGCCAUUCCAUGCAUUUCGUUGGGUUUAUGAAUUCGGUCAUCAUUUUCGGUGGUAGAACUCCGAGCGAAGCUGAAGAGAAGAAUGUCAGUAAAAUCAUUUUGAAUGAUAUGUACAUACUCAGGACUAAUACACUCGAGUGGGUCCAAGUUGUGAUGAAGGGAGAUGUGCCUAAACCGGUCUAUUCUCACUGAUCUAUACUAUUUGGAUCAGAAAUACUCAUCUUUGGAGGAAUAAAUGACAACAAACUCAAUGAUAAUAACAUUAAUGUCUGAGAGCUCCAUCAAGUCAGAGCAAGAGAACUAGCAGAUAAUGACGAAAUGUUCAGAAUUCAACAAAGCAGAAUGGAAAAAUUCGAAAGAGAAAUGCUUGGAGCUCCUAAAGAUUCUUCAAGGUCUCAUUGUUCCAUUAUUUUGAAUGAUACCAAAUCUUCUCUGAAAAAGUCCAAUAAGAGCAUCAAAUCCCAUCAAAAAUUUGUGAGCUUCAUUAAAGAUGAGCAGCAAACUAGAAGAGAGAAAUUCAUUGCUGAGCAUGUUGACAAACUAGAAAAUGAGGAAUACUCAUUUUUGAAAGAUGAGCUCUAG